GUAAUGUUUUGGUUUUGGACUCCCGAUGCAUGGCUACGUUGACUGCCACUGUCAUAUCUCCGCGCGGGAUUUUGACAAGGACAUAGAGGAGGUGGUUGAGAAUUCAAGAAAGGCUGGCUUGUUGGCGCUGCUAGCCGUGGCCGAGCAUGCUGGGGAAUUUGAAAAGAUUAUUCAGUUGUCCCAAAGGUUUAUUUUUCCCUGCUUAGGAGUCCAUCCUGUUCAAGAAGUUUCUCCAGAAGAACAAAGGGGGGCUUCUCUCCAGGAUCUAGAUGCAGCUCUUCCCAUAAUAGAGAAAUACAAAGACCACCUUGUGGCCAUCGGGGAGGUUGGUUUGGAUUUUACACCCAGAUAUGUUAGAGGUGAGACCGACAAAGAAAACCAAAGGCAGGUCCUCAUUCGUCAGGCACAGAUAGCCAAGAAACUGGACCUGCCUCUAAAUGUUCAUUCACGCUCUGCAGGAAGACCCACCAUCCACCUGCUGAAGGAGCAAGGUGUCGAGAAAGCCCUGCUUCACGCUUUUGAUGGGAAACCAUCUGUUGCCAUGGAGGGAGUGAAGGCUGGAUAUUUCUUCUCCAUCCCACCAUCCAUCAUACGCAGUGAUCAGAAGCAGAAACUCGUGAAACAGUUGCCGUUAGAGAACAUCUGUCUAGAAACAGAUUCACCUGCUCUUGGUCCAGAAAAACAGGUGAGAAAUGAGCCCAAAAACAUCUGUGUGUCUGCCGAGUACAUCAGUAAGAUUAAAGGAGUCUCGCUGCAGGAGGUGAUGGAGGUGACGACACAGAACGCUCUCCGGCUCUUCCCCAAGAUAAAGUCUGCCAUCAGACCCUGAAGCCAUAACCGUUUAUUUCAUCAGUCACUCAAUGUGUCUGACUGAAGUGUAAAUUAAGACGUUAUGUAAAUCAGUCUUAUGUAACCUUACUUGAGGGCUGAAAGGGAUUUAUUUCUCUCCAUGUAUUCUUCAAUAAAGGAAGAUAAGGAAAUAAUUUAA